AUGCGGCAGUGCCGGGCCGCGGGCCUGGCGGGGCUGGCCGCGGUGCUCCUGGUGGCGGUGAGCAGAGCCCAGGUGCAGCAGGAGCCGGCGGCAGAGACCAACGAGGGCAUCAGCAUCAACAUCACCUGCUCACACCCCAACAUACAAGCCAGCUACGUCUACUGGUACCGUCAGCUCCCGGGCCGAGCUCCCUCAUUCCUCGUCAGCGCUGUCAAAGGCUCCAAGGAGGUGCCGGACCCGGAGGGGCAGCUGUGGGUGUCGGCAGACCGCCGCUCCAGCGUUCUGCGUCUCGCCCGGCCCCGGCUCGGGGACGCGGCGCUGUAUUACUGCGCCGUGGGCGCACGGGAAGCGAAGCCGGGGCUGCGGCCGGGCACGAACCGCUUGGGGCGGGGCGGGGGCACAGUGCCGUCCGGGCCCGCAGGGGGCGCUGCCGCUCCUCCCUCCCGGCGCCGCCGAGCUGGCAGUGCUGACAUGGAACGCGUCCCUCGCACCGCUCGGCAUCUUCCGGAGAAAGGCGUUCCAGCUGCACACCUUCAUGAGCUCGGCAUGUCGAGGUCACGGACACCUCAAAGUGGCCCGCAAAAAGGCACUGUUUUGAGACAAUGA